AUGUGCGCGUCCAUUUCAGCGUCCCAGUGGGGUUCUCCCACUGCUUCCAGGCGAGCUCUGCUUAUUCAUGGUAUGACUGCGUCCUCGAUUUCAUUGGAGGGCAUCGCUCAGCUAUUAACAGCAAAAGGGUUCUUUGUCGUGGCGCCGAAUCUCCUUGGGCAUGCAUGGAGACGGGGCACUGACUAUCGCGUGUCCGCCCUUGCAGAGGAUCUCCGACCGUAUAUGGACACGUCCUACGAUCGAAAGGACACCACUGUCAUACUCCUCGAUCCCGUCCUCGAAGUUGCAGCGGAGCAAAUCGAAAUAGCUAAAUGUAUGUUUGUGAAGAAGGUUGCGAGCGUCAAAACCGCCGAGGAGUACAUGGCUGAUAAGCCUGCUUGGUCACGACGUGACUGCGUGUCAGAAUCGCUGGGAGCCUCCAUGUGCGAUUGCACUGUCAUCGAGGGGAUAUUUGAGCAAACCAAGCCAUGGUCUUUCAGUGGGCUGUUCAAGAACAUUCCCCCUAACGUGAACAUCACUGUGCUGGCAUCAGACCCAAAGUUUGGUGCUGCUUGUCGUUUGGAGCAUGUCCCUCGUGACGUGGAGAGAUUGAAUGCUAGAGUUCUUCCGGGCGUUGGUCACUGCAUUCAAUACGAGCGUCCGGAUGCUAUCAUGGAUGCAAUCCCGCUACUAAGAGCAGAGCUAUGA